UAAAAGGAGUUUCAAAAUGGCGGCGCCCGGGGUUUGGGAUUUCGGUCGUCUGCAUUGUUGUUGUAAACGCUUUCAAGGAUAAUCCUUGAAACCGAGUCUGCAAAACAAUGAGUAAACGAAAACGCCAGGAAGGAGAGAUGGAGCCCAGGGAAUUUGCAAAUAAGUUCAGUCCUUUUAGUGGAGAAAUAUCGGAAAGGUGGCAACAGAUUCCUGAGGAGUUUGUAGGCAAACUGAAAACAGGCAUAUCCCACCUCUUGCCCCGCAUGGUGGAAGGAUUGAGGCGCGAAGACGACCACGAUGACUCCAUUUACACUGGAAGAACUGGUAUAGCUCUUCUGUACCUCCACCUUCAAACCACCUUCCCGCAAGGUGAUGACUUGGUGACGGCUUACCAACAUCUCAAAGCUCCGCUCCAGAGGUUGCGAGGCCGUCGCCACACCUUCCUCUGUGGAGAUCCAGGACCCUUGGCUGUCGGCGCUGUGGUGCUCAGCAAGUUGGGCCGAACGUCCGAGAGCCAAGCUUGCAUUGCCAAGUUACACGACCUUCACAGGGCAUCCCUCGAUCCAGGCCUACCGGAUGAACUCCUGUACGGCUGUGCCGGAUACCUUUACGCCCUCCUCUUUCUCCAAUCCCGCCUCCCAGAGGCAGCCAUUGACGGGGCAGUGGUGGAGCGGGUCUACCGCCGCAUGAUCCACUCUGGGGAAUCUCUCUCCAAACGGGAGGGGUCCAAGUCGCCCCUCAUGUACGCCUGGCACGAAAAGAAGUACAUUGGUGCGGCCCACGGACUGAGCGGCAUUCUCUGCUUGCUGAUGCAGGUAACAACCCCGUAUGCCCAGGAGCACCUCCAUUCCCACAUCAAGCCCAGCGUCGACUACGUCCUGCAGCUUGCCUUCCCAUCGGGCAAUUUCCCCUCAUCGCUGGGCAACAACUCCGACCGGCUAGUUCACUGGUGCCACGGCGCGCCGGGAGCCAUCCACAUGCUUCUGCAGGCCCAUAAGGUGUUUGGGGAGAACAAGUACCUUGAGGCAGCGCGGAGAUGCGGGGACGUGAUCUGGGAGCGAGGCUUGCUGAGGAAGGGGUACGGUCUUUGCCAUGGCACGGCUGGCAAUGCCUACGCCUUGCUGGCGCUCCAUCAGACGACCAAGGACAGCAAGUACCUGUACCAAGCUUUCAAGUUUGCCGAGUGGUGUAUGGACUACGGAAAACACGGUUGCCGCACCCCUGAUCGGCCGUUCUCUCUCUUUGAAGGAAUGGCGGGCACCAUCUACUUCCUCGCUGACCUGCUCAAUCCAGACGCUGCCAGAUUCCCUGCCUUGUACAUCUGAGCUUAAUCAUCAGAAACCGACAGUCACAGCGCUCCCUUUAAGCAAAGAAGAUCUACUUAGCGGACAGGUUUGGUAAGCUGGAUGUAGCAGACUACCAGCCAAAUGGAUGUGGCAUCAUUGUAUUUUUGUCAGUAACCAGUGCAGUAGUGACCAACUUGUUUAUCAAGUUUUUCAUUAUCACAUAGCUACUGCGCAACACCUUUUGCCAAUCAAAGUAAAACCAACAUCAGUGAAGUUUCUACAGUUGCAAAAGAACUUAGCUCUUUAACCAGGUCAGUUUGGAAACAUAUUAAGUGUGAAUCUGUUGUUUUGCUCAGCUAUUUUUCAGCUAAGAACUUCUGCAGUUUUACGUGGAGAGUUGUUUCUAAUUACAGUGCCUUUACUAUUAAUGUUGAAAGUGAUCUAGCAUUGUUUUCGAGUGAUAAACGGCUUUAUGCAUGACCUUCAGAGGGCGCUUCAAAGCUCAUUUGAGCGUGGCCAGGACUUGUAUGUAAGUUAUCCAAUGCCAGGCGUAUCACUUCAUACUUAACACGAAAAAAAUUGCUUUUCCAGCAAAUUGUUUAUCGGACUGGCUGUGGCUAAGUAGGGGGAGGGGCAAAUGACUUUCAGAAAUGGGCGGGGCUUGGGAUUCCCAUUUACUUUCAGGUAUGUUCGUUGUUGCUCAUUUUUUAAAUACUCUGACGACAAAAAGAGAAACAGUCUGCCAACCCUUUCUUUCCAAAGCUUGUCAUAUUUUCCCUGAGCAAUCAGGCUUUAUUUCCUGCAGAAGAAUUUAAGAAUUUAACAUACUUGGUGUCCGCAGAGAAAAGUUGGAAUAUCCCUAUAGCCCAUGUCGAGUUAUUUCCUAAAAUGAGUUACAAAAAUAAUCGUCAUUUACUGACACUAUGAUUGGGAUUCGAAAAGACUAUCUAAUGUCCACAUUGUUUUGGACCAGUUCUUGCCAAGAAAUAAAAGAAGCAGCCAUUUAACCUGUCAGACAAA